GGCGGUGGCGGCAAGGUGCUGGAGAAGCCCAACAUUAUCUUUGGAGGGAUAAACAAGCAUUUUCUUCACGCGUCUAGUACAGAGCAAUUCAUAAUGGGUAAAUCUAUCUUCGACAAACAAGUGUUUAAGUCCGCUUUGGAAAAGUUAUCUAAUGAAUUGAACCCCGAUCAUGUGCUGCCUGACUAUUCGCCGAAAUUUCGCAAGACUCUCGCCGAGGGAUUAUUUUAUAAGUUUGUCUUGAGCAUCAAACCGGAGAACAUAAAUCCCAGAUUCCGUAGCGGCGGAUUUAUAUUAAAACGAGGUCUCUCGUCAGGUACGCAGGACUUUGACGCGGAUAAAACACUGUGGCCAGUGAAUAAGCCCAUGCCGAAAUUAGAUGCCAUUAAGCAGACAUCGGGCGAAGCCCAAUAUUGCAAUGAUCUGCCUCCAUAUCCUAGAGAAGUAUUUUGCGCUUUCGUCCUCACGAAAGUCGGUAACGGCAUGAUCGACAGUAUAGAUGCGAGCAAGGCACUUGCUACGAAGGGUGUAGUGGC